AAAUUUUACUUCCUUAUUUUUCAGUCAAGUGACMCAUGGAAACUUUUUACAGAUUGGUAUUCAUUCUCAUCUGUAUUCACUCCAAAGUGUACAGCAAUGGCUCGACAUUAUAUAUUGAUAUCCUAGAUUCAAAUYAUAAAUUUGCUGCAAGAAGUGAUGUCGAUCAAGCAAUGUCUUAUAUCAAUUCUCAACUCAUCUCUGYCGGAUCGUUGUUGAGGUUAAGACGACAUAACAUAACAAAACAGAGAGAGCUAUUCGAAAAUGCAUAUGAUUUAUUCACGAGCAACGUCAUGGCAAUUAUUGACAUUGGGGGCGAACACGAUUUCAAAGGCUGCGUUUUCAGUGCAUUAACAAACAUACCCAUAUUUGGUCUUAUCGACAAAGGAUACAGGCAAAAAAGGACGUUAAGUUCGUGUCAGCUCUCCAUUGCAUUAUCUGCAGACUACAAGGACUAUGCUCAUGCCAGUAUAACGAUCCUGGAAUCUUUCCAAUGGACAAAAGUUGCGCUUGUUUAUGAAGAAAACAGUUUAUAUCAAGCAGCCUAUUUCCAGUCCAUCGCAAGUGAUGAAAAAUACAACAUUCGAUAUAUUACACUUCAAACUCUUAGCAACACAACCAAAGAAGACAAAGCCAGCAAUGUGAUGCACAACCUAGCGAUAAACAACGURGAGGUUAUCUUGUUGUACGCCAGCGAAACCUAUACAAAUACACUACUAAAUAUGAGAGCUUGCAAUCCAAAGAAAACCUACGUGUGGAUAAUACAGGAAUCUGUGAGUAUACUAAUACUAAUACUGUUUAUUAAGGCCACUAGCAGUAAUGAUGAUACUGAAUUACAGGCUUGGUAA